ACACAAUGGCCCCGUCGCACUCCCCAGACCCUGUGUCAGCAUCGGCAUCGGAGGAUUCGGAUUCUGAGGCCUCCUCAAGCAUAAGCGUAUCCGACACUGAACAAGAAAACCAUACCCGCGCUCCCAAACGAAGACGUCUAUCGGAGACACCAGACGACGACGAAGACGAAGAAGAAGAAGAAGACAAAAGCUACACAGCCCCAGCCCCCAUCGCCACAGUCUCGCGAAUCAAAAAGAAAGACACAUCCAGCGCCCAGCCCGCCCAAAAAUCCGACACCAACCCAGAGCUAAUCAGAGAUGCUCUGGAAAUCGGUCUCCAAGAGGAAGAGUCCUCGUUCAAGGCGCUGAACGUCGCGCCGUGGCUGAUCGGGUCGCUGACGACGAUGGCGGUCAGGAAACCGACGGCUAUUCAGAGGGCCUGUAUUCCGGAGAUCUUGAAGGGCAGGGACUGUAUUGGUGGGAGUAGGACGGGAUCCGGUAAAACGAUUGCGUUUGCGGUGCCCAUUUUGCAGAUGUGGGCGCAGGAUCCGUUUGGGAUUUUUGCGGUUGUUUUGACGCCGACGAGCAGAGAACUCGCUCUCCAAAUCUACGAACAAAUCAAAGCAAUCUCCGCCCCCCAAAGCAUGAAACCCGUCCUCAUCACAGGCGGAACAGACAUGCGCGCGCAAGCCAUCGCCCUCUCGCAGCGUCCGCACGUCGUCAUCGCCACUCCCGGCCGUCUCGCAGACCACAUAAACACUUCCGGCGAAGACACUGUGCGCGGCCUCAAGCGCGUCCGCAUGGUCGUCAUGGACGAAGCGGACCGCCUCCUCGCCCCAGAAGCAGGCAUGCUCCCGGACGUAGGAACCUGUCUCUCGGCUCUACCCCCCUCCUCCGAGCGCCAAACCCUCCUCUUCACAGCAACAGUGACGCCCGAAGUGCGCGCCCUCAAAUCCUCGCCCCGCUCCAACUCCAAACCCCCCCUCUUCAUGACUGAAAUCUCCACCGAAAGCAAAGACUCCAUCCCCCCCACCCUCAAACAAAGCUAUCUCAAAGUCCCCAUGACCCACCGCGAAGCCUUCCUCCACGUGCUCCUCUCCACGGACGCCAACGCCCAAAAACCAGCCAUCAUCUUCUGCAACCGCACCCAGACAGCAGACCACCUCGAGCGCAUGCUCCGCCGGCUCGCCCACCGCGUCACAUCCCUGCACAGCCGACUCCCGCAGUCCGAGCGUAACGCGAAUCUUGCCCGCUUCCGCGCCUCGGCCGCUAGAGUCCUCGUCGCGACGGACGUCGCCUCCCGUGGUCUCGAUAUUCCCUCCGUCAGCCUGGUAAUCAACUACGAUGUCCCCCGGAACCCGGACGACUACGUGCAUCGUGUGGGACGUACCGCCCGUGCGGGCCGCUCCGGUGAGGCUGUCACGCUUGUUGGACAGCGCGAUGUGCAGCUUGUGUUGGCUAUUGAGGAGCGCGCAGGUCGCCAGAUGGAGGAGUGGAGUGAGGAAGGUGUUAGCGUGGAAGCGCGUGUUGUGCGUACUGGUGUGCUUAAGGAGGUUGGCGCUGCGAAGCGCGAGGCCGCUGCUGAGAUUGAUGAGGGGAGGGAUGUGUUGGGGAGAAAGAGGAAUAAGUUGAAGAAGGUGCGGUAG